AUGGUCCUCUUUAACACAAUCUUCAUCAACCAAGCAAAAUAACCUAGGGAUCAAUAGAGGCAUUCUCAUCGCGAGGGCUAUCAGCUUACUCCGAAGCGUUUUGUUUCACUGCUGGGAUCAUUUAACUACUUUCCCAGGAAAAAAGACUUACCGAUCCAGUUCUUGUCAUUAGUCGCCGAAUGCGCGAUUUUCGCGUUGACGGGAAACAUAAAACUAUCCCGAUAAAGGGCAGACAAAGCCCGCCCUUCCACUCCUCUCUUAUGUCUCUCGAUUCAGAUUCUCACAGGAAUUGGAAACAAUAGCCGGCAUUCAGAAUGUACCUGCACUGCAGAACCGUCUUUCCUCGGCGAGCGAGAUUAUCUCCUUCUCUAUCCUCCCUCCUUGGCUCCCGCCAGAAAUACAGUUGUCCACCUAAGGGAGGAUCGGAACCAUGCCACAAAAAUGAAAUUCAAGCCCAGGAUAGCUCACAAAUAUCUUCAUCCAAACCACCGCCCCGACCUUUGACUCCUUCCGUACUUAAUCGAUCGUUCUGGACCUGUCGCGCAUCCUGGAAGCGAGCCCGAAUCAACACCCUCCGGUGCUUGAUCGGCUGUACAGUCGGCGACUUCUCAGCCCUAUGGAUGCUGCAAACCUUUGCCCCGGACCUCGGGAUGAGUACAAUAAUGGCGCUAUCCAUGGCAUCUGGGAUUACUAGUUCCAUCAUUCUCGAAACCUUUCUGCUUUGGCGGGGCGCAGACCAGCUUUCUUUGCCUAUGGCAUGCCGAACUGCCAUGGGGAUGAGCAUGGUGUCCAUGCUGGCGAUGGAAUUGGCCGAGAACGCCGUGGACUACCAUCUCACCGGAGGAGUGGUCAAUGUGGGGGACCCGCAGUUCUGGCUGGCGGCUGGGGUGUCUGUGGGCGCUGGUUAUCUGGUUCCCUUGCCGUACAAUUAUUGGCGGUUGAAGAAGUAUGGGAAGGCGUGUCAUUGAGCGCAGCUUUCUUGUGGAUUGCGAGGUUGGGUGAUGUGAAGUCUGGGUGCACUUGAUGGGCCCUGUUAGGCUUGAAAUUGCCCAAUCAUUCGGAAAUAUCUAGGUGUCAGCAAGAUGAGGGAUAUGGCAAUGUAAGAUAGCGGAAUGUUUGUACAAUC